AUGGGAUGCGAGAGGAGAGAAGCGAUAGCAGUGAUCCGGAAUACGAAGACUCAGCGGUCGAAUCGCGCGCCGAUGGCGGCGCCGUUCCUGCGUUUCCCCCCGCCGGCGCUUGCGCCUAGUCUGGUGCACCGAGACCAUGAGGUCCUUGCAACGGAGUCGACGCCUACUGCUUCGAGCCCCGUUGCGAGUACGUCCGCCGCGCCCGGAGGAAACUUCUCGAGGUGUACGGCGAGGUUCACCGGGGAAGCACGCGACGCGGAGACUGUGGAGGCAUUUAUAGAAGCGGUUCAAGUAUAUAAAGAGUGCGCCGACGUGUCGGACGAGCACGCACUACGGGGAUUUCCCAUGUUGUUAGAGGGAAAUGCAGCUGCGUGGUGGCGAGGAACCCGCAACGGCGUGUUGUCGUGGUCGGAAGCCGUGGUGCGACUACGCACCAUGUACGGCAGCCCGCCGCCCGCCUACAAAGUGCUGCGAGAAAUAUUCGCCGCGGAACAACAGGGUGAUGAACGUGGUGAAGUUUUUGUGGCUAAAGUGCGAGCGAUAAUCGCGAGGUUACCGUAUAAUGUACCCGAGACAAUGCAAAUCGACAUAAUUUACGGACUAUUGCACCGUCAUAUUAAGAAACGAUUAGCACGUGACAGUAUUAUUAGUCUUGAACAUUUGUCUGAGAAAGUGAGAGUCACCGAGGAAGCUAUCGAGGAAAUAAAACUUCCGUCGCGA